AUGCCGCGACUCCUGCCAUGGCUCCUCCGCCAAGCCAAGCGGCAGUCUCCUAACCUCGCGGCUCUGUUGCCCGCGUGCAGGGACAUUCGCUCGGCGCGCAACGAGCUGCGCUGGAUCGAGCAGCACGUCCAUGAGACGACACGGCGCGUCAGCCACAGCAGCCGUCGAGUCCGGGAGCUUUGCCAGUCACGCGGCCGUGGCGUGCCCCUGCAGUACGUCCUCGGGUCGCAGCCGUUUGGCCACCUCGACAUCAAGUGCAGGCCCGGCGUGCUCAUCCCGCGGCCCGAGACGGAGGCCUACACGUGCCACCUCGUAGACUUGAUCAAAAAGGGGCAGAUUCCGGGAUUGAACCCCGCGCGCGGCGAGCGCGAGGUGAACAUUGUCGACUUUUGCACCGGCACGGGGUGCAUCCCGCUGCUCCUAUUCGCGUCUCUCCAGCGCUGGGCCACGCGCCUCAACGUGCUCGGCGUCGAUAUUGCCGACGCAGCUCUCCGCCUUGCAAACGACAAUGUCCACCACAACGAGGAGCUGGGCAACCUGAGCGUCAACCAGCUGCAGAAGCUACAGAUUUCACGGGUAGACGUGCUCAACGACGCCGACCUCGAAGCGCUGGCAGCAAUGCGCUGGGACGUCAUUGUCUCGAACCCGCCAUACGUCUCUCAGCGCGUAUGGGACUAUGGCCACGGGCAGCUGGGCUACUCCGUGCGAAAGUACGAGCCGAAGCUCGCGCUCGUUCCCGGGCAAGGCAUAGCGGUGCCAGACGGGUGGCAGCACCAGGACGUCUUUUACGCCAGGCUGCUGGACAUUGCCGCGAUGCUGCGGCCAAAGGCGAUGUUGCUCGAGCUGGGUGACGAGGCGCAGGCGAUGAGCUUGCAGCCGCCCGCACCGGGCUACGGCGUCGAAACACUGCUUUGGGAUGUGGAAGUGGCGCGUGGGCGGUUCGAGACCCUGAACGGCACCAUUCAGGAGGUCUACGCCCAGGUUCUCCGUCUCAACCCUCACUUCAAACUCCCAGAGGACCCCCCUGUAGCGAGGGGCCUGAACCGCAAGCGCAGCACUGUGAGAUGCGGCAACUGGCCCCUUACAAGCAAGGACCGUAUUCAAGAGGGCAUCAACUACCUUCGUCGUCUGAAUGGGGCCCCGCGCAACGGGCCUGGCCCGUCGAACUGCGGUCGCGUGAGCUGCUCCUACAACGCCGCCAUCUGGUGGUGCAACGACAAUACGGUCCCGAAAACGUUGGAUAGCUGGAACUGGAUUGCGGAUAGCGCCCAGCACAUCCUCAAUACCUGCGCGCCCGGCGCCAAUAUGGUCUCUGGUCAGAAUUUUGAGUCGGGCAAUUGGAACACGAUUGUCCGCCGGGAUAGUUGCUGA